AUGGUUAGUACGGUUGAUAAAAUAAAAGUCGCUGCUGAUCUUGUUAUUACUGAUAAUGAACAAAUGUCAAAUGAAAUUUUAAAUUUAACAAAACGUUUAAGUGUUGAGAAGAAAAGAGAAGUUAAAGUUGUACAAGCCAAUAAAAUUGAGAAGCCAUCGGAAGUUGUCUCAACACCAAAUAAUAAUUUUUCUCGUAAUUUUCCUAAUCAAAGAUACAAUAAUAAUUUCCCUCGAAUUAAUAAUAAUUUUAAUAGUAAUUAUAGAAAUUAUAGACCAAAUGACGUAAAUUUUUCGAAUCUAAAUAAUAAUUCAAAUGCUCAGAAAAAUCUUGAUGUAAAUUCACCCGAGGCCACUGGUUCGAAUCCCGUCGGAACCAAUAAUAAUACCACUAAUACGCCAUACAAUAAUUCUUAUAGAAAUUCGACAAAUGGUUAUCCACCUCGACCAUACCAUAAUAAUAACACUUUUUAUAAUUCAAAUAAUAAUUCUAAUCAACCAACAAAUAAUGCAGUUAAUACAAAAUAUCCAAUUAAUAAUCCUGUAAAUAAUAAUGGCCCUCUGCCAAAUGACAAUACUAUUCCUAACCAGACAAAUACUCAAGACAGAAAAUUUUAUAACAAACCAAAUUAUGACGUAACUUGUCCAUUUUGCCGAAGACCAGGUCAUGACAUGAAUACUUGCUAUGCAUUACAAAAUGCCCAGAUGAGAUGUCUCGAAAGACAGGCUCAAAAAAACGGGGGUGGGCCAGUGAACCGCGAGGGGGUGACACAACCACGGCCACCACAACAACCAGUCCAACCCUCUCAGUCAAAUCAAUCUCCAGACCAGAAAUAA